AUGGACUUCUCCGACAUUUUUCGCAUGGUCAACCUCGGCAUUGGCGUCAUGAUGAUCUUGGGCGGUAUCUCGCAGUUCUUCCCCAUCGGCUUCAAGGAGAUCAUCCUGGGAAUUUAUCUGAUCCUCUUUGGCGCUGGUACCGGCUACCUUGAGUUCCAAAUCCCGCCUCCCGUUGCCAAAUAUGCCUCGUUCAUGUUUAGCUUCCUGGGCCGCGGCGUCUUCUACCUCUUCAUCGGCACCAUUAUGUUGGCGGAGCACUGGUACAACUGGAUCCCGGCCACCAUCGUCGGUGUCGUCGGCGUCGCAUACAUUGCGCUCGAGUUCGUGCCCAGCAUCGAGCCGCCUGCCAACAUGCGCGAUGCCGAGGCCGAGGGCUGGGGCGCGGAGCAGGUUUAA